AAAAAUGAAAAGGGCAUUUGACAGACUUUCUCAAACAUGCUCAGUGAUCUUGAUUAUGCAGAUGACAUUUACUUCUUAGCCUAUACCACCACCGUGACAUGCAGGCCAUGGUCGGGGAGCCAGUAUCCACAGCUGCUAUGCUUGGGAUCGGGUGGGUUAGUGGGUACGUGCAGGCAAGGUGCCUGGGACAUCCAGAGGCCUCUUCAUUUGCUCACAUUUAGGGUCUUACUGGGUUAGCACUAAUCAGUUUUUGAACAACCAAGGUGAGAUUGAGAGUGACACCGUGAUUGUCUCAACCAAGAACUCAAUGCAAUGACCCUGGUCAGGGCUUGAACCUGGACAGCUUUGGCCCAAGUCCAGUGUGCCAACAUUAGGCCACUGUUCCGCCCACCUGAUUAACAAUACUAAAAUAGAAAACUACCAAACAGAAGUUUUGUAUAGUCAUGCUAAAUGUUCCCUACUCAGGUUCUAUUGCCAGGCUGGUUCUGGAGUGGUAUUAUAUUGCGGGACCCAUGCUUGGUUGCACUGUCAUAUUUGCUGUUGGCUGGUACAUCUGCAAACGUCGAAGCACAGCUACUGCAGCAUCUCUGGAUCAAGAGCAAGCAGUUGAGAUGCAGUUGCAGAACGUUGAAGUGGAUGAAUGGGAGAUUGCAGUUGACCGUUUAACACUUCAAGAGGUCAUUGGCAGGGGGGCAUUUGGAGCAGUCUGGAAAGCACUUUUGAGUGAGUCAGAUGGAAAACCUGGAAAUCGGACAGUCGCUGCAAAAUGCUUUACACCCACUUCUGGCGAAGAUGGAAGGAAGUCUCUGAUGAGAGAAAUUGAGCUGGGAAAGCUUCUUGGAGGAAAACCUCAGGCAAACAUUGUCCAGUUUAUUGGCUGUGUUACCACCCAAGUUCAUCCAAUCAUGCUCAUGGAGUACUUGGUGUGCGGUGACUUGCUGGGUUAUCUGAGAAAAAGCCGUGGAAUCCAUGAUAAGUAUCAUCUUGGACAGGGAAGUGUUUCAGAACUGGAAAUAUAUGAUCUAGUUUUGUUUUCCAAACAAAUUGCUGCUGGUAUGGUGUUUCUUGGAUCCCGAGGGAUAAUCCAUCGAGACUUGGCAGCUCGUAAUGUUCUUCUUGAUGACAACUUUGUUUGCAAAGUUACCGACUUUGGUCUGGCUUAUCAAAAUUUCAAGUAUGGCCAUGGCAAUGCUAAAAAGGGCUGUAUACCAAUCAAAUGGACGGCACCCGAAAUUCUCUCAGGAAGUUUUGCCGAGCUCUCAACCCAGAGUGAUGUGUGGUCUUAUGGAAUUGUCUUGUAUGAGAUCUUCACCAUCGGAGGAAUUCCAUACCCAGGAUGGUCAGAAGGCAGAGUGGUUCAAGCAGUCCUGGAUGGAUAUCAAAUGCCAAAACCUGACCACAUUGACGACCAGUUGUAUGAUGUAAUGACAAGGUGCUGGAACUUAAACCCUGAAUUCCGUCCUCCUUUUGAAAACCUACGAAAAAGAAUGGAUACAUACCUUCGUGAGGAGACAUACACGGAACUGCUCAACAUGGGGAAAUAUGACAGCGUGCAAUACUCCAAGGUUGAAGAUCUUGGAGGUCAAGAUGAACCAGCAACUGAGCAAGUCAAGACAAGCACCACUGGGAAGAAAUUGGGAAAGUGGUCAAGUGUUCGUGUGUAGUGUGUGUUUUGUUCGGGAUGAAAUAGUAUUUUUAUUUACCAAACUGUAACCUUGAAAAACCGUCACCAAGUAAGAUAUAAUGAUUUCAUUUGUAAGCUUUUUGUGAAAAAUUAAUUUUAAAUCUGGCAUUUUCCUUUUACGCAGUAAAGAAAAUAUUUGUUACAAAUGUUACUGGAUAGUAGUCAAACAAAUCUGAAGCAGACCUUGUGAAAUUGUUCUUUGUUUUGGAGCUACUUAGUUCUGUAAUCGCUUUAAACCUUUUGCUUUUUUUUUUUGUUGUUGUGGUUAUUGAGUUGUACAAAUUUCUGCACCGAAAAUGAGACGAAAUUUGCAAUGAUUUCAGCUUGUUUGGAAAUGAAGCAGCUCAAG